UCGGCCUUUCGGCGUCCUCACUAGGUCAGCUGCUCUGGUGGGUAGAAGAAAGCCGCUCCCAUUUCAGGAAGAAAGGUCUCCUACAGAAAGGGGAAGGAGGUCCCCUCACCAUGUGGCUGUCCGUGGUGGCCCUCGUGGGCCUCUACUAUCUCCUGCGCUGGUACUGGGAGAGGCAGGUGGUGAGCCACCUCCAGGACAAGUACGUCUUCAUCACGGGCUGCGACUCGGGCUUCGGGAACCUGCUGGCCAGGCAGCUGGACCUGCGAGGCUUGAGGGUGCUGGCCGCGUGUCUGACGGAGGAAGGGGCCCAGCAGCUGAGAGGCCAGACGUCAGACAGGCUGGAGACGGUGAUCCUGGACGUCACCAAGACAGAGAGCAUCUCUGCGGCCGCCCAGUGGGUGAAGGAACGUGUGGGGGACAGAGGACUCUGGGGCCUGGUCAACAAUGCAGGCAUUUUUCACCCACAUUGCUACAGUGAGUGGCUGAAGAUGGAGGACUAUAUGGAUGUCCUCAAAGUGAACCUCAUUGGUUUGAUUGAGUUGACCUUGAGCAUGCUUCCCUUGGUGAGGAGAGCACGGGGGAGGAUUGUUAAUGUCUCCAGCAUUCUGGGAAGAAUUGCUUUCUUUGGAGGAGUCUACUGUAGCGCCAAGUAUGGAGUAGAAGCCUUUUCAGAUAUUCUGAGGCGUGAGCUUCAACAUUUUGGGGUGAAAAUCAGCAUAGUUGAACCUGGCUACUUCAGAACCGGAAUGACAGAACCACAGCAGUGCUUAGAGAAACUAAAGCAAGCCUGGGAAGAAGUCCCUGUGCAUAUCAAGGAAGCCUAUGGACAGAAGUUUUUUGACACCCAUUAUGAUGGUGUCAAACAAGGGCUGUUGAAAUGUAGCACAAACCUGAACCUGGUCACUGACUGCAUGGAACAUGCUUUGACAUCUGUGCAUCCCCGCACUCGAUAUUCAGCUGGCUGGGACUCUCUGUUUUUCUUCAUUCCUCUAUCUUAUUUACCCACAUCUCUGUCAGACUACAUAUUGACUAGAUCUUGGCCCAAACCAGCCCAGGCAGUCUAAAGAAAACUGGUGUGAUGGCUCUUGAAAUGAAGAAGACAGAAGCCUGAAACUGAUAAUUAGUGUCUCAGUAAUCCUUAUUAGGAACUAACAUGUUUAUAUUCCAGAUAUCCAAAGCUUAUUCCUUGAGGUGUUGAAUUUUUACUAUUUUAAGCAUUUUUGAUGAGAAUAUUUCCAAAAUACAUCAUUCUUUGCCUAUGAAACAGAGUAGACUGAAAACAGUUCAGCUUGUUUGGAUAUUAUUUCCUUAUGUAAAUGAAUAGUUCUGUGCUAUGAUACACUCUUGCUCGAGGACUAUUGAGAAAUAAAGGGCCUGUGUAUCCUUAUUUGUACUAUGGUACUUUUUUUUUUGGUACUGUGGUACUUUUAGUAAAUAUUUCAUUUUGCUUUCUUCUCUCUGUCAGCUAUUUUUGACAAUGUUUCUUCCUUGUUUAAAAAUAAAUGAUUUUUAAUUUUGUAAAUUAAAAUAAUAUACACACAUAUAGUUAAAUGUUCAGUUAAUACUCAAAAGCUUAAAAAUAAAAAACAGCAGUUCCCCACCCUUCAUUGCUGCUCCUCAGAGGUAAAUGCUUUCAACUUUUAGCUAUUGCUUCCAAUAUUAACCUCUGUAUUUCUAAAUAAUAUAGUGUUAUUUCUUAAUUUAUUAAGUUUAGACAUUCUCAGUUGAUUUCCCAUUAAGAAAAAUCCUGUUGAGGGGCACCUGGGUGGCUCAGUCGUUAAGUGUCUGCCUUUG